UGGUCUUUAAUUACUUCCGUUUGACGCCAGACGCUUUCUUUUUCUUUUCUUUUUUUCAUUUAUUCAACAUCCUUUUUCCACUCGCAAGAGCGCAUAAGCACUGCAUCGGCUUCGGAAACCAUAUAACAUUCUCGAAAGGACGCUAGAGCAGCGAGGUAUAAAAUACCACACACAACGAACGUGCAGGAUUCAAACACGCUUCGUCCUUCGUCCUAUCGGAAUAGCUACUGCAAUACAUCUAUACAUUGAGACAGCAGCACGCCUAGUUCGGUUGAAGAUAAACAUUAAAAAGCAUAUAACAAAACUCUAAUUAAUCUACUACCGUGAUCUCGAACAUUAUGGACACCGUGAAAUUGUUUAGCAUUCUGCUGAUUUUUGCCUCUAUGAUGUUGAUCUGCGAUGCACAGUUGACCUUCACGCCGGCCUGGGGCAAGCGUUCGCAAAGCGCAAUGGGAAUUAAUCCACUCGGCAGCAGCUUCGGACAGGACGCUUGCAAAACGCCGGUUGAUUCACUGCUCGUCAUCUAUCGAAUGAUUCAGGCCGAAGCUCAAAAGAUUGUUGAUUGCAGCCAAAAGUAGACCGUUCAACCAUGUAGUCACAUAACGAUUGUUGGAGAUAGUCCAUCUUACCCCGUCGGGAUAUCUCUCCCCUUACAAUUGCAGUUCAAUUAGCCAACGAAUGCAAUUUACCACUUGUUGACAGAGUACAGAUUUUCCUUACUUUUUGUUCUGUUCGUUUGUUAAUACAACAAACAUCUCCUGUUCAAAGGACUUUUCACCAUCAAUUAAGAAUUGGGAGAUUAUGAUUGUAAAUAGUUCGUGCUGCUCUGUUACUACAACGGAAUGAUUAAAUGUAACAAACUUAAACAAAAGGAACAAAAAAAUAAACAAAAUGGCAUAAGUUAUCAUGAUUGUAUGAAGAUAUAAAUAUUGGGGUAUAAGAAUAUAGAAAAUCGAACUAGGGUCCUUUGCUUAUGCUGUGGUCAGAGAACCAUGAAUCAACGUAACAAAAAGGAAACGUAGCGGAGAUAAACUUUAUGUAGCGACUGUUUUGUAAAACAAUCUACUAUCAUCAAGUGUC